CCCACUUUCACAUUCCAUAUUUUUCUUCUUCAACUCACCACUAUUACUAUACACACUCUCUUGGUUUCUCUCUUAUUCCACUAUGGUGCACCACCACCAUUACCAUGAAUAUAUGCAACAAAAAAUGAGAAGAAACACUUCAAAUCAACAACAACAAAAUAAACGACACAAAUUUUUCAUAAACGACAACAUUGACAUUCUACGAGAAAUCCUUAAACGACUCGACGGUCCUUCACUCGGUGUAGCAUCCUGUGUAUGUCGUUUAUGGUGCAACCUCACAAACAACGAUGAUUCUAUUUGGGAACAUCUCUGCUUCCGCCACGUGUUAACUCCACCUCCAGCGACGGUGAGACCAGUUGUGGUGGCGCUUGGUGGUUACAAGAGACUUUAUAUGGUAUGUGUUAGGCCGGUGUUGAGUCGACUCAGUGAGUCGGAACGAGUUAUGAAACGAGUUUGGACUCGGCAUGAGGUUCAGCUUUCGUUGUCUUUGUUUUGUAUUGAUAGUUACGAGAGACUUGCUGGUGGUGGUGGAAUGAUUGCCAGUGAUGCGUCUCCAUCGUCCCUCAUGUUCCUCUGUAACCCCAUCAACGUCUGAUUAAUUUAUUCUUUUUUAUUUUUUUUUAUUUAAUAUUAUUAUUAGUAUUAUUCACCUUUUGCAUUUUAUUAAUUAUUAAUUAAUACAUAAUC